UGAAAACAGGAAAUGCUGUCUGAUAUACUCACGGAAACUGAAGAGGAAAUAAUGAUGGAGGUUGAGGAAACCGCAGCUGAUCCUACUGUAGCAGUCUGUAAGGCCAGAGAUCAUAAAGCAAGCCCACUACAAGUGUAUGUAAUGGCUCCAAGUUGGCAGUAUUGGAGUACGAUAAGGGAAAGGCCAGUGAAGCUAAGGAUAAAUAUGUCUGGUCCAGGCUCGGAGCCUCCUCUUACCAUACACCAAAUGUUCCAGAUGACGGUGGAUAAUUUUGGGGAUCAUCCAGCUCUUUGCUUACAGAAGGAUGGAGGUUGGGUCAAACUGACCUAUAAGGAAUACCAACAGCAGUGCCGAGCUGCAGCCAAGAGCUUUCUCAAGUUGGGGCUGCAGCGCUACCAUGGUGUAUGCAUUCUGGGAUUCAAUGCUCCUGAGUGGUUCAUCGCAGACAUCGGUUGUAUCAUGGCAGGAGGUCUUGCUGCUGGAAUCUACCACACCAACUCACCAGAAGCCUGUCAUUAUGUGGCUUAUGACUCUGACGCCAAUGUGUUAGUGGUUGAAAAUGACAAACAACUAGCCAAAAUCCUCAAGGUUAAACAUAAACUACCACACCUGAAGGCCAUUGUUCAAUACAAGGGAGAAGUGAAGGAUAAGAUGCCAAACAUAUACUCGUGGACUGAGUUUAUGAAGAUUGGGGAGGACAUUUCUGAUGCUCACCUGGAUGCGGUAAUUAAUAGACAGAAAGCUAAUGAAUGCUGCACCCUCAUCUACACAUCAGGAACCACAGGAAACCCUAAAGGGGUUAUGCUUAGUCAUGACAAUAUCACAUGGACUGCAAACGCAGCAGGAUCUGUUGUCAAUCUGAAAAAUGGGAAGGAUUCUGUAGUGAGUUACCUGCCGCUCAGUCAUGUGGCUGCCCAAAUGAACGACAUGUGGAUCUCCUUAAGAUUUGCAGGCACCACCUACUUUGCCCAACCAGAUGCGCUGAAGGGUUCUUUGAUCACUGUUUUGAGAGAUGUGCGUCCCACAAGCUUCUUGGGUGUUCCCCGUGUGUGGGAGAAGAUGCAGGAAGCAAUGAAAGACAUUGGUGCGAAUUCUUCGUUCAUGAAAAAGAAAAUUGGAGAGUGGGCCAAGCAUAAAGGACUUCAGGCCAGCUACAACAUAAUGAAUAAUAAUCCCUCAUUGCCUUGGGGCUUUACGCUGGCUAAAAACCUGGUUUUCAAGAGGGUACGUGCAUCUCUUGGGUUGGAUCGCUGCAAAACCUGCUUUUCAGGGGCAGCACCAAUGACUAAGGACACACUGGAAUACUUCAUGAGUCUAAACAUCCCCAUCUAUGAGCUGUAUGGCAUGAGUGAGAGUACAGGACCUCACACCAUGUCCUGGUCUGACAACUUCCGUAUUAUGAGCUGUGGUAAGGAGAUCCCGGGCUGCAAAACAAGGGUGGACAAGCCAGAUGCGGAUGGCAUUGGAGAGUUGUGUUUCUGGGGACGUCACGUAUUCAUGGGCUACAUGAAUAUGGCUAAUAAAACUGAAGAGGCACUGGACCCAGAAGGCUGGCUGCACUCGGGAGAUCUUGGAAAGCAUGACAUUGAUGACUUUCUAUACAUUACAGGCAGGAUAAAAGAGCUAAUCAUCACUGCUGGAGGAGAAAACAUCCCACCAGUCCCUAUUGAGGAUGCAGUCAAGGAGGAACUGCCCAUCAUUAGCAAUGCCAUGCUGGUGGGAGACAAAAAGAAAUUCCUCUCCAUGCUUCUUACUCUUAAAUGUAAGGUUGAUGACAAUGGAGACCCCACGGAUGAGCUGGCCCCACAGGCUGUAGAGUUCUUCAGAAAGCACGGUGUAAUGGCAAGCAAAGUUUCAGCAAUCAUCAAAAACAAAGAGCCAGCCAUUUAUAAAGUGAUCCAAGAAGGCGUGGACAAGGUCAAUGCCAUGGCCAUGUCCACAGCUCAAAAGGUCCAGAAGUGGGCACUUUUAUCUCAUGACUUCUCCAUAUCUGGAGGGGAGCUAGGUCCUACUAUGAAGCUCAAAAGACCAGUUGUCUUGCAAAUAUACAAGGAAGAAAUUGAUAAUUUUUAUGAAUAAACUUACUCUAGUUAACUAAUUUGAUUUGAGAAGUUGGCAUGAGAACCGAACUGAAAUUUGGCACAGGAACAGGAAUAGAACUGGGAUUUGGCCCAGGUUAGCAAUGUGGAUUUGGCAUGGCUGGUUCGUCCUGUCGUAGAAGGA